AUGAAGUCAAUGCGACACAUCGAAGACAAUUCCUGUCUACGUUUUGUACCGAGAACUCACGAGAAGGACUAUAUCAAAAUAAUUAAAGAAAGCGGGUGUUGGUCACUUUGGGGUCGAGCUGGAAAUGGUGAACAGCCUCUAUCCAUAGGAGCUGGAUGUCAGGCUUUGGGUACCAUCGUCCAUGAGCUAAUGCAUGCUAUAGGUUUCGGACACGAACACAUUAGAGAAGACAGAGACAAUUACAUUAACAUUCAUUGGGAGAAUAUUGAUCCGAAACAUCAUAAUGGAUUUAAAAAGCUCAUUCCUGAACAACAGAGACUUUUGACUCCCUUUGAUUACAAUUCUAUUAUGAUGUACGGAGAAUGA